UAAAGAUUCAUGAAAUUCCGUCAAUUACCAACAAUAUGAUGAUUUACGAUAGUGUGAUAAGACUCAGUUGGCUUAAUCCAAACUGUAGCUACUGUGAAGGUCUUGAAAAGGAUUGUGGCUUCAAGAACUAUACUAAACAGCUGACUACUCAGUGUUUCGACCGACCAUUCACUACAAAAGGCGGCGGAAAGAAACCACUGAUUGCAGGUGGAGUUAUAGGUCUCAUUCUUUUGGGAAUUAUUAUGAUGGCAUUCUAUGAGUGUUACAGCUCAAGCAAAAUUGAAAGAGAGAAUCAAGCCAGAGUUGAAAAGUUUUUGGAAGACUAUAGAGCUCGCAGACCGACUAGAUAUACUUAUGCAGAUAUUAAAAGAUAACAAAUCAGUUUCNUUAAGAAGAUAACAAAUCAGUUUCAGGAAAUAUUGGGAGAGGGAGCUUACGGGAUUGUUUAUAAAGGAACACUUUCGAAUGAAAUUCAAGUUGCUGUAAAAGUUCUCAAUGAUUCCGAAGGAAAUGGGGAAGAAUUUAUUAAUGAAGUUGCAGCAAUGGGGAAAAUCCAUCAUGUUAACGUGGUUCGCCUAGUUGGCUUUUGUGCUGAUGGAGUUAGAAGAGCUCUAGUGUUUGAAUACUUGCCAAAUCAGUCACUUGACAAGCUCAUUUUUCCGACAAGUUUCAAAGAUAAUAUCACCCUUACUUGGAAGAAGCUUCAUGAUAUUGCUAUGGGAAUAGCAAAAGGGCUAGAGUAUCUUCAUCAAGGAUGUGACCAACAAAUCCUUCAUUUCGAUAUCAAGCCUCAAAAUAUUCUGUUAGACCAUAACUUGAACCCAAAGAUCUCUGAUUUUGGUCUUGCCAAGUUAUGCUCUAAAGAGAAAAGUGUUGUCACUAUGACUGAUGCUAGAGGAACCAUGGGUUAUAUUGCACCAGAAGUGAUAUCAAGCAAUUUUGGAAAAGCGUCUCACAAAUCUGAUGUUUAUAGCUUUGGAAUGCUGCUUCUUGAAAUGGUUGGAGGGAGGAAGAAUUUUGAUGCAAAGGCGGAUACUAGCCAAAUGAACUUUCCUGAGUGGAUUCAUGAGCGGCUGAAUCAAGGAGAAGAGUUGAAAAUCAGGAUUGAGGAAGAUGAUGAUGUUAUAAUUGCAAGGAAAUUAGCUGUUAUAGGACUUUGGUGCAUCCAAUGGAAUGCGAUAGAUCGGCCAUCCAUCAAAGUUGUAACUCAAAUGCUAGAAGGAGAUGGGAGUAACCUAACUGUUCCUUCUCCUUUUACAACAAGAAACACCACCCAUGUAGGUCCUUCUACGCAAGAGUUGACGAUAAUCUCAGAACUAGAAUGAAUGGAAGCCUUAAUUACAGAUCAACUCCUUCAUCUAAAGUUGUAAUGUCAGAGUCAAUACAGGUGGAAGUCUGAAUUUUGGUAUUUUCAUUAGAUAUGUGUUAAGUCAUUAUGUUUAGCUGCUACUUUCACAACUCUUUUCCGUGUCCAAAAUAUUUAUUGUCAAUCUGUCAUGAUUCUAAUA